GAGAGGCAGAGAAAAUAUAUCCAAAAAGCAACUGGAUGAUCAGAGGGAAGCACAGAUCCAGGAAAGCAGUGCACAACUGCAAUACUUCACACAUUGGCACACAUGGAGUGCAAACCAUGGCUAUGAUCAUCACCAGCUACCAACAAUUGGGAACUGCCAGGGAAUAAAGAGAGAUCUGUGAAUUUAACAAAAAAUUCGACCUGUCCAGGAGUGGCACACUGGGGUUUGGAUUGCUACAGUAUUGAUCGCUUUCGUUUGGUGGAUUCAGAAAGCUUGCUAUUUUUAUGGUGUUUUCUUAGGAUUGGAAAGCAAAGGAUUUAUCUUUUGAUAACACGAAGGGCGGUCUGCAAUGCCCUUUGCCAAGCGGAUUGUUGAGCCCCAGUGGCUGUGUAGGCAUGCUGUCACCCAGGUAGAGGGAAGCUGUUGCCGGGAUCAGGGAGAAGAGCAAAGGCAGCAGCACCCCCGGGGAAAUGCCAGGGAAGAAUUGGGGGUUGGCACCGCACAGGUGCCCACGGAUGAGAGGGAACCUCUGCCUGUGGAGGGGAAGGAAAAAGAUGUGGCCACUCUGGAUUUGUGCGCUAUCAACAAUGUUGCAAUGUCACGGAUUUUACGUCAACUCUCGGAUGUAGCGCGGCAUGCCUGCUCUAUUUUCCACGAGCUUGAGGCAGAUAUUCAGGUUACGGCGCGGCGCGUGCGAACGCUACAAGGGAAAAUAGGUACUGUCCAGCAGGUUGUCAGCAGCUUGGAUCCAAAGCAGGAGACAGUGCCUGUCUCAAACCUGGACGCAGAGAGCAAGCUCAAUGUUUAUUACAAGACAUCCUGGCAUCAGCAGAGGAACAUUUUUUUGCCUACCACUAGACCCUCUUGUGUGGAGGAGUUGCAUCGCCAUGCCAAGCAAAGCCUGCGUGCCCUCCGGAGGGAGCAGCGGGCCCGAGCAGAUAACAGAGAAAGGCGGUUCAUGGGCUCUGUGUUUGCUGCACCUCCAUUUCCUUCAUAUCCGGCAGCUCAUACUAUAAAGAGACGUGAAGUAAAAGAACGACACCAUGUACCGUGUAACAGAACCCGUCCGCCCUCCCCCACUGAAUGUUGCCAUUUGACCCCAUGGAGUAGAAAGGCCCAUCCACCUCAGGAGGAAGAUGAUAUGGUUUUAGGACAGAGGCCGAAAAAUCCAAUCCCUAAUGUCCCAUCUACACUGGAUAAACAGACUAACUGGAACAAAGAAUUACCUCUCCCCACCCCAGAGGAGAAGAUGAAGCUGGAGACCCAAGUGAUCACUUCUUGCAUUAUCCCCAUCAAUGUUUCCGGUGUUGGUUUUGACAGAGAAGCAAGCAUACGCUGCUCCCUUGUUCAUUCACAAUCAGUUUUGCAGCGUAGACGGAAACUGAGGAGAAGAAAAACCAUAUCAGGAAUUCCAAGAAGAGUUCAACAAGAAAUAGAUUCAGAUGAGUCUCCUGUAGCUCGAGACCGGAAUGUUAUAGUCCAUACCAACCCCGAUAUUGCAAACUCUUCAAAUAGGAGAUCUGGAACUCGAGAUACCGAGUGCCAAACUGAGGACAUUCUCAUUGCAGCUCCCUCAAGGAGACGCAUCAGAGCUCAAAGGGGCCAAGGUGUUGCAUCACUCUCACAUUCUGCAGGAAAUAUUACAGCUCUAACUGAGUCUGGAGACCAAAUGUUUGCCACAACAGUGUCUAAUCGGAUUCGUUCUCGUAGUCUUCCUAGAGAAGGUGCUAGAGCAAGCAAUGACCAUGACCGUGGUGCUCAGUCGACAACUUAUAAAGAUGAUUGCUAUAUAACAAGCUCAGAGAGGUCCCUUAAAAAAAAGGAAGACAUCUUAAUUGGUCAGAGUUCCCCAGAGCACUCAUCUCUAGGGUUAGCAUAUUCUCAGCAUAGUCCACCAUUAGAGAGAGGUAGAUCAAGGCUUUCGAGAAUGGCAGAUUCAGGCAGUUGUGACAUUUCCUCAAACUCUGACACAUUUGGAAGCCCUGUUCACUCCAUUUCUACUGCAGGAGUGUUACUGAGCACACAUAUGGAUCAAAAAGAUGAUCAUCAAUCAUCAAGUGGAAACUGGAGUGGAAGCAGUUCUACAUGUCCCUCACAGACAUCAGAAACAAUUCCUCCAGCAGCCUCUCCUCCACUGACUGGGUCUUCACAUUGUGAUUCCGAGCUAUCUUUGAACACUGCUCCCCAUGCUGGUGAUGAUUCAAAUAUCUUUACCAUUGAACAAUACAACGAUGACCACUUGGACAGCAUAAGAGCCCACAGGGCCAGUUCCUUUACAUCAACAGUUGCAGAUCUGCUUGAUGACCCCAAUAACAGUAAUACAAGUGACAGUGAAUGGAAUUAUCUUCACCAUCACCAUGAUGCUUCAUGUCGACAAUAUUUUAGUCCACAGCACUUAAAGGGAGAUGGCUUAGGCUGCCCAAGUUUUAGUAGUAUGGGCACUUAUGAUAGUUUUCUUGAGAAGCCAGCAUCUGAGAAAGCAGAUACAGGAUCUCAUUUUUCUGUGGACAAUGAAGGAUACUAUACCUCCAUGCAUUUUGACUGUGGUCUUAACAGUAACAGGAGUUAUAUUUGUAACUAUGCGCAGUCAGGGGCUGAGAAUGACCAAGAUACAGGUGUUUCUUCCAUGAGUUCAGACUGUGUUUGGCAACGGUAUUUAGAUCAAAGAAGACAAGGAAGACAGAACAUCUCAUUUAAGAAACCAAAGGCAAAGCCGUCACCACCAAAACGAAGCUCAUCUUUGAGAAUUUCUGAUAACCACACAGAUGUUUCUGACAUGAAAGAACCAAAGAUAACCAGUGCACAGCAAGUGCUUCACACCUCCAGGGAGAUGAUGCUGCCACUUGAGAUUUCAAAUACACCUUCAAAAACUGAAAACUUAUCUCCACCAAAUCAACCGGACAUUUCUUGGGUCAGUCAGGAAGAUAAUGAUUCAAAGAAUACUCAGUUUAUGACUCCAGAAAUCCCAUCAUAUAAAGAGGAAGGAGGUGAACAGCAUCACUAUGCAGAUCUGUGGCUCCUCAAUGACUUAAAAACAAGUGAUCCUUAUCGGUCUUUAUCGAACUCAAGCACUGCUACGGGUACUACCGUCAUAGAAUGCAUCAAGUCACCAGAAAGUUCAGAGUCGCAAAAUUCACAGCCUGAAUCUCGUGCCACCACUCCUUCCCUUCCUUCAGUAGAAAAUGAGUUUAGAUUAGCGUCGCCAGAAAAGCUGGCAGGGUUAGCAUCUCCUUCAAGUGGUUACUCAAGCCAGUCCGAAACACCUACUUCAUCCUUUCCUACUCCUUUCUUUUCGGGACCAUUGUCACCUGGGGGAAGUAAAAGAAAACCAAAAGUCCCAGAAAGGAAGUCCUCCUUACAGCAUCCAACUAAAUGUGGAAAUAUUUUCUUAAGCAAAGAAAUAGAACUUCCAACUAUACCUCCUACACAUCUUGACCUAAGUGCUCUUCAUGUGUUGCAUAAACCUUUGCCAUAUAGACCACAAGUACAUGCUUUCAGCCAUGUCAAUCAAAACCUGUCAGAAGAAGAACUUAAUCCAAAUGUAUCACCUGCCCUUGCCAUAACACCUUCAGUGCUGAAAUCUGUCCAUCUAAGAUCGGUCAACAAGCAAAACAGGGAGUCCAGACACAAAGAAUGCACUAACAUAUUAUGUACACAAGACCCUACAAUAAUUGUAGAGACCUAUCCCCCUGAAAAUACAAGUGAGCCAGCAGCUAGGAAAUCAAUAUUGCGCCAGUUCUCUACAGAGGAAGCCAUGCUGCCAUAUAUUGAUGCAUCACCAGUUGACACAAGCCCAGAAAUGUUUUUUCAAGGAAGUGCCCUGUUUACUGGACAUGGUUUAUACAAACCAGAGGUUACGCCACCUUUAGUUAGCAGAGCUAAAGAAGCUGAACCUGAAAAACAUCAAAAAUAUCGGGCAGAAGAUAUAAUAGAAGAAACCAUUUUCACCGCACAACCAGAAACCAUUACAAAAUAUGUACAGGAUUACUCUGCCAAUAUCAGUGAUUUUGCUACUGAAAAAAGGAGUCACACUCAAGAGGAAGGACAACUCAAAACAGAACAAGUACAUUGUGGCCCAUUAACCAUUUCAGAAUUUGUCAAAAGAACUAACCCUGGGGUUGAUGUGCAAGACAGAACUGCUGAGGUGUCUCCUUUGUCCAGCAAUGAGCCUAACAUAAGCAACAAUGACAAAGUGCCUGGAAAUACUCUCAGCUUUGAAUCAGAGAUCACACCUUUAUAUCCACUCAGUGACGAAUGUCCAGAGCAGGAAUCUGAAACUGUAUCAGGUAUUCCAACCAAAAGUGCCUCAGAGGACAGCAACAUGGAAGACACAUUUGAAAUCACUGAUGACAUCUCAUGGAAAGAUUCUUCUAUGAGUGAUGACUCCCUUGUAUCACCAAUGUGUGAGGAUUUCCAGGCUGACACAGAUGAUGUCUUUGUAUCUUCUAAUAAACCCCGCACUACUGAGGAUCUUUUUGCGGUUAUCCACAGAUCUAAAAGGAAAGUUCUCGGCAGGAAAGAUUCCGGAGAGAGCGGUGUAAAAAGCAAAUCAAAAGCUUUACCUGUACCACCCCCACCGGCUACACCUGCAGGUUCUCAGAGGUCUGCAGGUCUUAUCUACAGGAAUGCCAAAAAAUCCAAUACAUCAAAUGAAGAAUUUAAGCUGCUCCUCUUAAAAAAAGGCAGCAGAUCAGAUUCCAGUUACCGCAUGUCAGCUACUGAAAUUCUGAAGAGCCCAGUUACUCCCAAGUCGAUUGGAGAUUUGGCCCUUGACUCCUCCAGCUCUGAAGAACCUGGACAGUUGUCUCCUGGUAGUGAUGCAUUCUCACCAUUAUCCCCAUGUUCUCCUCGAGUAAUAUCUGAAGGAUUUUCAACAAAGACUAUGUCAGCCGCUUCUAGAGUUGGAAGGUCCAGAGUGCCUCCUGCUGCAAGCAGUAGCCGUUACAGUGUUAGGUGCCGGCUAUACAAUGCCCCAAUGCAGGCCAUUUCUGAAGGUGAGACAGAGAAUUCAGAUGGUAGUCCUCACGAUGACAGAUCUUCACAGAGCUCAACGUAGGGUUCCAAUUAUGGCUUACAUGCAAGAGAAUGAUUGCCAUAAAAAAAAUUUAAAAAAACGGAGACAUUGUGACCAUUUAAUAAUUUUUGUGCAAGACCAAUAGAGAAAAUAAGGGAUAACUGCACACCAGAUAUUGCUCCAGGACCAUAUCUAGUUACUAUUUGGUGGAAACUUAUAAAACAUUGGUUUGUUUUUCUUUCCAAUGAACUUUUCUGAAAAACAAAAACAAAAAAAAACCUGCCUGAUAAAAAACAAUAUUAAUUUAUCAUAAAUAUUGCAGGGUGCUGUAAGCAUUAAGGAGUUAAGGAUAUAUAAAAGCACUGAAAUAAUAACAAUGGACAAAAUACAUUUACUAGUGCAAUUACCAUUUAGAAUUCUGGAAACCUGUGUUUACCUAAGCUAUUGUUUUCUUUAUAAUAUAAUUAUUGUAUAUCAGUAAGCUAACAAAUCUACUUUAAAGGGGAAGUAAAUGGGAAAGUGUUGCUAUGGAAAACUGCUCAUAUUGUAAAAACAAAUAUUGAAAUAUAAAUUUGCUGAAGUGCUUCCCUGAGAAAUAAGCAGAAGAAAAGAAGAGAUAAUUCUUGAAGAUAAAUAUUUUUGUACAUUAGGAAUUAACAUAAUAGAGCAAACUUUCAAAGUAAUUAAAAGGAUGUAAAUAACAUAUUUUUGAUAAAAUUGUAUAUAGAAUUAUUAAACUAAAAUUGGAUAUGCAGCCAAUGAAUAAAAAGGCAUUAGAAAUCAUGGAAAGUAUGCGUAGCGCUCCUGCAUAACAUGUUGCAGCACACAUGAGGAGAUCAAUACAUUCAGAAAGUUAAUAGGGAAUUGUAUUCUGUGAAUACCAUCAUCCUGCUCUGCAUCACAGUAAUACUUGACCAUGACCAUUAUAAUACUCAGCAGCCUCAAAUUUCUUUUUUUUUUCUUUUUGUACAUUUUUUAAAGAUUGAGUGUAUGUUUUUUUUCUAUUGUAAAAAGAAUUUGAAAGUACUGUAGCAUUCAUUCUUCUUUUCCUACUCACAAAUAUGAUGACUGCAAGACCAACCAAAUCCAGAAGGGUAAAACUGGCUCUCGAUAAGAUCACUCUGUAACCCAAGAUGUCAAUGAACCAUAAAUUAUGUGGCAAAGUUAAGGUCGUCAAUGAAUAGGGGUGACAGUGUAGUGUGGUUUAUGACUUUCUCAGCCACCCUUUCUAGAAAUAUUGGGGCUGUUUGGUUUAAAAAGGUUUUUCCAAAGAGGACAAGCUUAUGAUACAUAAGUUUUGUGAUGCUUAAGAUGGUAGACUUGCCGUGUUUGCACUCAGCUAUCCAUACUAUAUGAGGUGCUUUCUGUAAAGUAUUUUAAUAAGUCAAAAAUAAAUGUUUAUGCCCAAUAUAUCUGAUGGAAGUGCCAUUAUAUAUGAAACUGUGAGAACUGCAAGUGAGCACAAUAUAAUAAUGUAGAUUAACAACAAAAAAAACACCUUUUGUACUGUGCACUUAAUCUCUGACUAAAUGAUCACUCUAGUAUAUCUAGUAUAAAGAACAAUGACUACUGUUAAAGAUGUGUAGCAUGGUGGGUGGAUAUAAACAGUAGUAGGACUCUGUAAAAGAACAAUAUUGACCCCUUGCUCACCACCAGCUAUGUUGCCAAGGGUGAGGUACUCAUGACUCUCUGGAAAGUCCUUCAUCAAUUAGACAGUUUGGUAUAUUAUACUAUAUAAUUCAUUGAGAUCUUUAGAGCAACCCUUGACAUGCAAUCUAAUAAAUAGGGAACACUGUUAUAUUCCUUUUUUUCUAAGGUGGUAGGGUCUGUCUAGUUUACAGGGUCACUACAGGGUACACUACAGGGUAGUGUACAUGUGGUAUAUCC